UAAUUUGUAAUUAGGGAUGAUUUAAAUGACUAACGUACAAUGACCCCUAAAUGAUAAUUGCUCGUUUCAAUAGGUCCAAUUUCGGGGUCUCACCCUCUAAUUUCACACCCUCUAGCGAAUCUCAUCCUCUUCCGCUGCAUCGUCCCGUGAUCGAUCUCAGCCGGUUUCAAAAGGUAGCAAAAUGAAGGUGAAGAUACUUAACUGGCACGCUGUGGCUUCAUGGACGUGGGAUGCGCAGGACGAAACCUGUGGGAUUUGCAGGAUGGCAUUUGACGGAUGCUGCCCAGAUUGCAAGUAUCCUGGCGAUGAUUGCCCAUUGAUAUGGGGUGCCUGUAAUCAUUCCUUCCACCUGCACUGCAUCUUAAAGUGGGUGAACUCGCAGACUUCACAGCCUCAUUGCCCUAUGUGUCGCCGAGAAUGGCAGUUCAAAGGUUAGAUUUUUCGUUGUGAUAUGUGUACCGCAAACUAUAACAUAGGAUUCAGUAUAUGUUGUUCACUCGGAAGUGCUCUGUUUCUAGCUAAACCUAUGGGAUCGGUUUUGAGACAAAUGAAAUGCUUUUUUUUUAUUA